AUGUCUGCGAUUCGCGCCCUGGUUCUCGGUUCAGGUGGCCGUGAGCAUGCACUUGCGCUGCACCUUCUCCGCUCGGAGCGUGUGGAGCAUGUGUAUGUGGCGCCAGGCAAUGGCGGAACAUCGACGCUCGGCCAGCGCUGCACCAAUGUGACGCUGUCGCAGGCCAACGGCUUUAGCGAGAUGGCCCAAUGGGCCACAGAGCACAAGAUCAACCUUGUCGUGCCCGGACCGGAGGCCCCGCUCGUGGCGGGUGUCGAGACGGCCUUCCGCCAGGUCGGCAUCCCCGUGUUCGGCCCGAGCCAGGCGGCAGCCCAGCUCGAGGGCUCCAAGGCGUAUGCUAAGGACUUUAUGGCGCGUCACCACAUCCCCACCGCCGCCUACCGCACAUUCCACGCGAACGAGGUCAAUGAGUGCUUUGCGUACAUCGAGACGCUUGGCGGCGCCCGCGCCGUCGUGCUGAAGGCGGACGGUCUCGCGGGCGGCAAGGGCGUGCUUUUGCCCGAGUCGGACGAGGAGGCGCGUGAGGGCGUUGAGGAUCUGCUCGUGCGCAGGGUGUUCGGCAGUGCGGGCGACGCGCUCGUCGUCGAGGAGCGCCUCGAUGGCAACGAGCUCUCGGUGCUGGCCUUCUCGGACGGGUACACGGUGCGUGCCCUGCCGGGCUGCCAGGACCACAAGCGGAUUGGCGAGGGCGAUACGGGCCUGAAUACGGGUGGCAUGGGCGCCUACUGCCCGACGCCCGACGGCACGGCGCCGGGCAUGGAAGCGCGCAUCCGCCAAGAGGUGCUGCUGCCGACUAUCGCGGGCCUGCGCAAGGACGGCACGCCGUUCGUCGGUAUGCUAUUUGUGGGUCUCAUGCUCACAUCUAAGGGCCCCAAGGUGCUGGAGUUCAAUGUGCGCUUUGGUGAUCCCGAGACGGAGGCCGUGCUCGAGCUGCUUGCGCACCCUUCGACGCUUGCCGACGUGAUGAUGGCGUGCGUGGAGCGGCGUCUGGACUGUGUGGACCUGGCGAUCCGCAACGGCUACGCAGUCAGCGUUGUGAUGGCGAGUGGCGGCUACCCUGGCUCGUACAAGACGGGCGUCCCGAUCCGCAUCGAGACACUGCCGAGCGAUGUGUCGGUGUACCACGCCGGUACGAAGCGCGCAGACGACGGCACGCUGCUGACGGCCGGCGGACGUGUGAUUGUGGUGUCGGCCACGGGCCCGACGCUCGACGCGGCGCUCGAGAGGGCAUACGCGGGUGUCCAGUGUGUGCAGUUCGAGGGCCAGGUGUUCCGCCGCGACAUUGCGCACCGUGCACUGUCGGCCGCGCGCUCGCAGCAGGCGGGUCUGACGUACGCGGACGCGGGCGUCGACAUUGACGCGGGCAAUGCGCUCGUAGAGCGGAUCAAGCCGCUGGCGAAGAGCACACAGCGUGCCGGCUCGGUCGGUAGCCUGGGCGGCUUUGGCGGUGUGUUUGACCUGCGCGCGCUCAACAUGCGCGACCCAGUGCUAGUGAGUGGCACGGACGGUGUCGGCACGAAGCUGCGCCUUGCGUUCGACUGCCAGAAGCACGACACGGUCGGCAUCGACCUCGUGGCCAUGUCUGUGAACGACUUGAUCGUGCAGGGUGCGCAGCCGCUCUUUUUCCUCGACUACUAUGCGUGUGGCAAGCUGGACGUCGAUACGGCCGCUGCUGUGGUCGGCGGUGUCGCGGAAGGCUGUCGUCAGGCGUCGUGUGCGCUGCUCGGCGGCGAGACCGCCGAGAUGCCUGGCAUGUACGCGGGCGAGGAGUACGACGUCGCAGGCUUUGCGGUGGGCGCCGUGGAGCGUGACGCGAUGCUGCCGCGCAUGGACCAGAUGCAGGCGGGCGAUCAGCUGAUCGGCCUGGCGAGCAGCGGCGUGCACUCGAACGGCUUCUCGCUCGUGCGCAGGGUCGUUGCCAAGUCAGGCGUGUCGCUCGACGCGCCGUGCCCGUGGGACAGCUCACUGACGCUCGGUGCUGCGCUCCUGGCGCCGACGCGCGUCUAUGUCCAGGCGCUCGCGCAUGUGCUGCAGGGCCCGCACCGUGUGUUGGGCAUGGCGCAUAUCACGGGCGGCGGCUUUACCGACAACGUGCCGCGCAUGCUUCCGCCGCACCUAGGUGCGCACAUCGAUGUCGGCCGCUGGACGCGCCCGCCGCUGUUUGACUGGCUGCAGAAGCAGGGCCAGAUUCGCGCCGACGAAAUGGCGCGCACGUUCAACAACGGUAUCGGUAUGGUGCUGGCCGUGCCUGCAGGCGCGUGCGACGAGACGUGCGCGGCACUCAAAGCCGCCGGCGAGUCGCCGGUAGUGAUGGGCGAGGUGACCGCGGAGCCUGGCGUGUCGUACGCGCAUCUCGAUGCCUGGUCGCUGUAG